UCAUCAAUCAAAGAAGAAUAAACUAGUAUCUUCGGUUUCUUUUAGUUCUAGUUCGUACGAUUACGCAAUGGACGAACCGAUCGUCCAUCAAUUGGUAUCAGAGCCUGGUUCGACGGAAUCGAGCUCUUAGCAGCUCCCAGGGAAGACAUCGUCAACGUUCGACCACCAAUGUUGGGAAGAGGUCCCGCGAGCAACCCCGACGCCGCCCAUACUGCUUCAAGUUGCUAUGCCUGAUCGAUAUCAGUUUAUACGCGAUAUGCAAGAAGAGCAAGAGCUUCUUGAUCUUCUGGAGGAAGAAGAACGUUCUGAAAAUUUCUUUCGCCGUCAAUCUUCGUCCAACCGCCAGUCACGAUUCCCUCCACAGUCAUCAAGAACGCAACGGUAUCCACCAGCUGUCUACAAUCCAUGGAACUGGCGAGAUCGUAUCCUCAACCACGGCCUGGAAGCUCGCAUCGCUAGAAAGAAUUCUCACCGUACGACAGGUCACUUGUCCUCCCAUCUCCAUCCUUCGCCGCAAUCUUAUUCCUACCCGCGGGAAUUGGAACAACAACGUGAUUGGUACGACCACUACUAUCCAACGGCCAAAGCCCAUGAAGGGAAUCCCAUAAUGGCGGCAACCUACUCACAGCAAUGGGAGGAUGCAAGCGAGAGGCAACAUCUGAGUUGGGAUUACUACCGCCCAUCUUCCGUUGGCGUAGAGAAUGGUCCGACCAUCGAAGUUUGCCCAGAAGCCCUCGCCGGGCCAGUUACGAUGGAACCCGCUAAGAGAUUUAGGAAGGGAAGGAUAUCUAGGCAAAACCCUUAACUGUCUGGGUUUUCUCCAUUUCAUAUUUAUACAGCUGCUCAAAAGUACUUAACAGUCUGUAAACUCGUUAGCCAAGUGGUAGAGUACCAUUGGCUCAUUACAAAAUAAGUACUGUUGUUUAAC